AUGGCCCCGGGCCUCACCCGCGAAGCCGAGGAGCGCAGACUCAACUACGCCGCACACAUCCGCUACUGGCGCCGUAACCUGAAGACGUUUCUCCCCCAUCAGUACACGGGCAAUGACUGCAACCGCAUGACGCUGGCUGCAUUCAUCAUCUCCGCCCUGGAUAUUCUGGGCGAUCUGCCAGCAGCACUCUCACAAGAAGAACGCGAGGGCUACAUAGACUGGGUAUACAGAUGCCAGCUACCGGGAGGAGGGUUCAGACCCGCACCAGCCACAGACCUGGGCCCCUUGCGAAACCCAGAGAAUCAAAUAUGGGAUCCUUUUCACGUGGCGGGGACCUUCUUUGCUCUUCUGAUCCUCGUUAAUCUAGGCGAUGACUUGGAAAAGGUCAAGCGAAGAGAGAUAUUGCAAUGGCUGACUAAGCUGCAACGAUCAGAUGGCGGGUUUGGGGAGACGGUAGGCGAGAACGACCGUGUAGAAGGCGGGAACGACUCGCGGUUCGGUUUCAUGGCCGCAGCUGUGAGAUGGAUGCUACGCGGGAAUCUCGAGGGUCCGGUGGAUGGAGUGCCUGACAUCGACGUGGACGCAUUCGUGCGCUGCGUUCAAGUUGCCGAAACGUACGACGGAGGCUUAUCCGAAGCACCAUAUCACGAAGCCCACGGUGGGUUCACGAGCUGUGCAAUCAGCGCACUCUACUUCCUUGAUCGUCUCCCGAGAAAACAGACAGAUGGCCGGCCACGAGGUCUCAGAAAUAUGCCCAUGACCUUGCACUGGCUUGCCUCUCGCCAAACGCUGACUCUAGACGAAGAGGAUGCCGCGGAUACAUACUCGGACGAGACUGACUCAGCAGCGACAUGCCAUGACUCCCACUCAUUUAUGAAGCUACAUAAUUUCCCUUCGAGCCGUGGCAAGCUGUCCUUCCAAAAUCAACCACCAGUGCAUGCUGAACUCAAGUGGGUAGGCAUGAACGGGAGGGAGAACAAAAUCGGAGAUACCUGCUAUGCAUAUUGGGUAUGUGCACCACUCAAGCUUCUAGAGCAUCUACAUAUCAUAGACCCCAAACCGAUUCGGCGUUGGCUCCUUGAUAGAACGCAGCACCUCGUUGGCGGGUUCGGCAAGCUGCCAGGCGACCACCCAGACCCCCAACACUCGUUUCUAGGCUUGAUGGUACUCUCCAUGUUUGGUGAGGCUGGGCUGCAGAACGUCGAUACGGCGUUGUGCAUAACGGAAAAGGCGAAGAAGCAUCUUGAAUCCCUUCCCUGGAGAAGGAAGCUGUUAGGGUUGGAUGACAAGGGCGAAGCGUAG